AUGGAUGGAUACUCCCACUCCUGGUGGCGGCCGUACGAGAGAGCCCCUGUGCUUCACACCCGCAUACCCACCGACGGCCACUCUGCCUCAGCCUCUCCUCGCCAUCAUCUCUCUGUUCCUCCACAAGCCCUGGAUACCUUUCGGGGCUCUUCGUGCGCUUCUCUUGACUCGGUGUACGCUACGCACCCCCCUGCUGCUGCUGCUGCUGCUGCUGCAACGCAGCAGAUACGCAUGCAUGCAGCUUCAUCCACUCCUUCUACGCCUCCUGACUCUCCACCGACAUUCAGAAAUGGGGCGGGGGGCCUCUCGCACUUCCGCGAGGCCCCCUCUGCAUGCAACAGCAAGCAGCAGCAACGGAUGCAGGCGGCGGACGCAGCAGCAGCAGCAGCAGCAGCAGCAGCAAACAAGCCUCACAGGGAUAUUCUGCUGCGGGUGCACCCACGGGGGCAUGCGCGUUGCAGCGACACAGCUGCAGCAGCAGCAGGAGACGCAGCAGCAGCAGCACAGGCAGCAGCAGCAGAGAGGAAUUCUGAUUGCUGCAGGGUGGAGAGCAGCAGCAGCAGCAGCAGCAGCAGCAGCAAGAUGAAUCGACUGGACAGAGCCGAGGCUAUUGUGAAAGAGCUGCUGCAGGAGGCGGCGAUACUGAAGGCUGAGAACCGCAGACUGCGCGCGGAAGAAGCAGCAAAAACAGACAUGCAGCAGCAGCAGCAGCAGCAGCAGCAGCAGCAGGGGCAGGAGCAGCAGCAGGGUGCAGAGUCAGGAGCACAUAGAGCAGCUGUACGACGGCAGCAGGAGCAGCAGCAUCAGCAGCAGCAGUUGCUGCUGCUGCUGCAGCAGGAGCUGCAGCAGCUGCGCGAUAGAAUAAAAGAACAAGACAAGGAGCUGCAGCAGCUGCGGCAGAGGUGCAACGAAGAUGCAUGCAUGCAGACCUAUACACAAACAAUGCUUCCGUUUGAUUUGCCUUUGGUGACGCCUGUGGUGAUUCCAGAGGAGACAGCAGAGACAAGCAGCUCGCUGCAGCAGCUGCAGCAGCAGCAGCAGCAGCAGCAGCAGCAACAGCAGCAGAAGCUGGAAGAAAUACAACAAAUGAGAGACAGAGAACAAAGCAGACAAAAUGAGGUAGCAGAGCUGCGGCGUUGCUGCUGCCAGCUGCAGGAAGAGCUGCAGCAGCAGCAGCAGGCUGCUGCUGCUGCUGCUGCUGCUGCUGUUGAGCUGGGUGCAGCAGCAGCAGCAGCAAAAGCAGCAGACAUCAGCAGCAAAGGAGAAAUAAAAGAAAUAAAAGAAAACAUGAAAAAACAAAUAAAUAAACAAAUCGAAGACAAACUACAAAUGAAGGCGCAGAGAACAGAGGCAGAGGAGGAGGAGAGUGAAUCUGUGCGGGAGUUGCAGCGGCUGGUGGAGAAAGCUGCAGCAGAAAUAAAGGCGACCCUCAGUGCAGCUAAAAAAGGAAAAACAAACAAAAACAACAAACAGCAAACGAACAAACUAACAAACACAACUCCUGCUGCUGCUGCUGCUGCUGCUGCUGCUGCUGCUACUACUACUACUACUGUUCCUCCUAUUCUUACACCAUCAUCAUCAUUAUCAUCAGCAGCAGCAGCUGCUGCUGCUGCUGCUGAUGGUGACGCUGCAUGCGCUAGCGAGUGUGUAGAGGUGCCUGAAGAAAGAAUUGAUGAGGGAGAAGAAGAAAAGAGAGAAAGCAGCAACGGCUCAUCGCUUUGGGGUGGGAUAUACUAUAUAGAGAUAGGCGCAGCCAAAGUGAAACAACACAUGCAGCAGCAGCAACACCAGCAGCAACAGCAGCAGCAGCAGCAGCAGCAGCAGAACAUUUUAUUGAUCCUAGUGUAUCCUUAA